AGUGACGAUUUAAGAUGGAAGAUUUCUUUGAUGUGUUGAUGAAGAAAAUCAAAGAGGACGAUUUCUACACUCUGAUAGGAUGUGACGAGCUGGCAACUGCAGAGCAAAUUAAAACUGAGUUUCGACAAAAGGUGAAGCUACUUCAUCCAGACAAGAACCCUGGCGAUGAAAACACAGCGAAGUUGUUCCAAAGAUUGCAAAAUGCCCGUAAUAUUCUGUGCGACGAGGAAAGCAGGAAAAAGUAUGACUUUUGGCGCAAAUCAGGAAUAGCUGUACCUUAUGAUCAAUGGAUAGAGCUGAGUGGAGCAGCACAUUCAUCAUUACACUGGGCUGCCAAACCAAGAAAAGAACUCAUGCUUGACUACGGAAAAGUUGAAGAAAAUCCUCUUGAUGAAUUCUUUGAUGGGAACCUUAAGGCAAAACAUUUAGUGUCACCUAGUGAUGACAUUUUCAAAGUCACAAAGUUGCACAAGAGACAUGGAUGGGGUUCCAAGCAAGGGAGACACAUCAGCAAGUUUAGAAGAUAUGAGAUAUAGGACAAAUUCGCUCUCAAUAAUGUAAGUAGUUUGGACAAUCAGUACACCUGAUCAUAGAGGAAACUAGAAAGGGCUUGGUAUGAAUCAAUAGUUUGUGAAAUUCUGCAACACUGAGUAUGGGUUGGAUAAAAAAUUUUUGGCAGGAAACAUGAGAUUGUCAAUUCAUGGCUUUUUGUUCUAUCAGAAUUGUUUGAAAAUUUCAAGGUGGAUCAGGUUCCUCUACUGCAGAACUUUAAAAAUUAUUUAGUAAGCUAAAUAGAAUAUCAUAGUACAGAAAGAGCCAUCUUACACUUUCUCUUCUUAAGUGGAACAUGAAAGUGAAUCUUGUCAAUGACUGAUUG